GCGCUCCCCUCGAGCGCUCGAGCGCUCUUGUACGUGUUUUUGCCCACAUUUUGGGUUUUAAAACCCCAACCUUUCAUUUUCCCACUCUUAACUCUCAUUUCUUUCAUAAAAACACACCCCACACUCUCCAUACCUCAUUUCUACCUCUCAUUUCUCACUUGCACACACUUUGACUCUUUCAAUUGCUUACAAGUUCUGCAUUGCACCAAGCUCAUUCCACUUGCACCCACUCACUCUCAAGUCAAGAUGCCUGCAAAAAGAGCAAGGACCAACACAAGAGCUGCAGCUUCUUCCUCCACCUCCCGGAGCUUUGAUCGCUCCCGCUUCCUAUCAGCGAUUAAGGAGGAGUUUUACCGAUCUCACCUAGCACACAAGGAGUGUGUGAAGGAGUGGGGAGUUCUUUAUCGGGAGGGAAGGAGAGACCUCUUGGGCCUGCAAGAAGCCAUGGAGAUUAGGAGGUGGAAGAAUUGGGUCAACCCCAUUCAGUUUGCUUGUGAGGUCAUGGUUAGGGAGUUCUACGCGAACACCUACUGUGACAAUCAAGAGGACAGGUCCAGGCCACCAGUGAAUUCAUCUUGGUUCAGGGGAGAUGUGAUUGAUUACAAUCCAGUAGUCAUUCGCAGGCAUCUUGGUCUCCUCACGGAGGACCAAGAGAAGGAGUUCUUCCCCGAGAAGGCCACCUAUCAUGAGCUUUUAAAGGAGAAGUCACCGGAGAUCUUAGAGGACAUGAAGGCAGUGAUUGUUAGGCCUGGGCGAGACUGGGAAGCAGUUGAUGAUGAGAUCAUUUUUGUGCGGAGGAAGGAUAUGACACCGCAGGCUAGAGUUUGGGCUGAAUUUUUGCAGGAUUCCCUCAUUCCUAGCUCUAACAAAUCUGAAGUUAGAGAGGUUACAAUGGUUGUCAUCUACUGCAUUGUGAGAGGCCAUCCUAUGGACGUGGCCACUAUUAUUUCUGGUCAGAUUUAUUCCCUCUACAACGGGAGUAAAGAAAAGCAUCGACCCAUCUUUCCUCACUUGAUUUGCUCUUUGAUUCUUGCAGUGAGGGACAAAGCUAGGAGGCCAGUCCAUGUUAUUGAGAAGAGGUUGCCAGUUGCACCUAUACUCAGUAAGGAUAGGAUCACUCAGCUUUAUCAAGAAUGGACGGCAAGAAUGCCUCAAGAGGAGGAAGAGGAAGAGGAUCCUGAGGAGCCAGCGGAAGAGGAAGAUGAAGAAGAAGAAGAAGAAGAAGAGGAAGAAGAAAAUGUUGAAGUGGUGAAUGAGGUGGUUACUCCACCACGUGCUGACCCUUCUCCGGCUUGGAUGGAGGCCGCUUUCGGGCGGAUGUUUUUGAGGCAAGAUCGCCUACACAGGGAUCUUGACCUCCAUUGGAGGGGAGGUAGCACAUCAGACCCCAGGUCCAAUGGCCCCAUGGAUUUCAAUACCUUGGAGCAGGGGAUGAUCGGUUUGAGCUUGAUGCAUGAUGCCGGUGUUCAUCCGGAUUAUGGUGAUGGAAGGGGUGAACAUGACCCCAUGGUGUGACUAUGUUGAGGUAUUCCUACUCUUAGUUUAGGUCAUGCAUCUUUAGCAUAUUUUUCAAUUUGUAGAUUUUGUUUUUCUUUUUACCAUGCAUUGUUUAGUUAGUUUUUCUUAGGUCUUUUACUUCCCUAUACUCACAUGCUUUUAGCUAUAGUUAUGCUUCCCUACUUGUGCUGUUUUUGGAAAUGCUUUUGUGAAUACUUGUUGUUGUUUUUGGGGAUGAGUGAUUGCAAGUUGGGGAAGAGAGGAGGAGACUUCGGUCUUCCGAGUGUUUCUUGAGAAAGGAGUCGGUGAGAGUCCAUUAAGGGUCUAUCUUUGACCCUUCACCAUAAAAAUUCUCUGGAGAAUCCUGACUCACUUGCAAUUCUUGGUUCUGCAUUAAUUUCACUCAUAGCAUGCUUUGUGAUUCUUGCUUUAUUCGUGAGACUUGUAGGAUUUCUUGAGAUUCUGAAUUUGUUGGUUGAACAUUACCCUUAGUUGUCCCAUUUGAGCUUAAUUGGAGAAUUUUUUGUAGCCAAGAGAUUGGGACGGAUGUUUGGUUGGAAUAUUGGGGAGUGUUGGUCCUUGUUUCAUUGGAAUGGAGCUGAAAAAAGUUGGGAAAUAGUCUCUUGCCCCAAAUAAAAAGUUAAAAAAGAAAAGAACUCCUAAACAAGAGUUGGAGUUGAAAAAAGAAGAAGAAAAAAAAGUUUGAAAAAGGGGAUGCAAGAGACUUGUGAAAAAAUGUUUUUUUGUGAAAAGCUCCGGGGUUAUUAGAAGAGGACCACACUCAAUGUGCUUGAAGCCUAGAAUUUCCUUAGGGACCAACCACCAUCAUGUUUUACGUAGCCAAUGUUUCAACCCUUUUGAAAGUCUCUUUGAAUAUUUGCAUGUUUGAUCUUUGUUUCUAUCGAGUGAAUGACAUUCAGGACCUAUGAACUUGCUUGUGUGCUCAGUGCAUUAAGUUGACAUCUCAUCCUAGGAUUUGUAGAUCUAAAUGCUUCUCAUGAAUGGACUCUACACUCUUCUCUUUUCAAAAGAUGCAUGAAGUAGGUUGUCGGGUCCUUCUCUUGGAACUAGCUGUGAUUCCUUUGUCCCCCUGUUUUUCAUGUAGUAUUCCUUGUUGAGAGCACUUGUUUGGGAGCAUUUCUUGCGCUUGAGGGCAAGCGAGUGUUAUUUACGCUCGAGGGCGAACUGUUGUUGAGUAUAGUGGUGUGGUGACCCUAUUUUAGUAGUGUUUUUAGGGUCAUUUCAUUCUUUGUUUUAAGUCUUUUUGUUGAGUCUCAUGUAGUGUUUCAUGCAUUAUCAUGCAUUUUUAUCUUUUCUUGAGUAUUUACUUUAUUUUGGUAAUUUUGUAGUUUUAUAGGGACUUUUCUUGCAUUUUAAGAAAGUUUAGGACUUGCAUGGUUUUAUUGUGAUUAAUGGAGGACCUCUUGUGCUAAUGAGCUCUUUGAGCUUCUAGAUUCUUCCUUGACUUGUUGGUUAGGGUUGGAGAGCAGAAACUGAAGGUAGUAGAAGGCCAAGAAGCAUGGAAUUGAAGGAGGACUUAAAGAGGAUUGAAAGAGGAGUUACAGAAGCCAAAAAGUCUUUUCCAGGCGAGCUUGAGCACCUAAGCGCUGGGAAUUGGCGCCUAGGCGCUAGUGCAUUUUUCAGAGGGUCAAGGAAUUGGCGCCUAGGCGCCAAUUAGCUCCAGAGAGCAUGUUUUGGGCAUAAAAUUGGCACUCAGGCGCUCUGUAUUGGAGCUUGAGCGCCCAGGCUCGUAUUUUGUAGCUAUAAAUAAGGCUUAGGCCAAUUUCUUUAGGGAAUUAGACAUUUUUACUCAUUUUUUAUCAAGUUUGAGAGCUGAGGAGAACUUUGGGGCCAAGGGAGGCUUCCAACUUGUAUUUUUCUCAGGUUUUCAUUACAUUUUCUGUACGAAUUCACUAGCCAUGUGUGGCUAGUUUCUUUUUUUGCUUUGGGUUAAGAGAUUCUAUGAAGUUUUAGUUUGUUAAA